CUAAAAGCUUGCAAAAUCAUAUUGUCUUAAUAUCACAACUUAGUGGAACAGAGCUAAGCUUGUUGUUCUCUGAAAAUGGUGGGCCUCUCGUCUACUGUUGAAACCGGUAUGGAGCACCUGGUGAAGGAGUUGAGUCUGCUGCUGAAACUGCUCGAGAAUGAGAGUGUGAGUUCAGCCACAGCAGAGAAGAUGUGCGUGGUGAGGAACCUGGUCAAACAGCUGCAGCCAUCUGUGAAUGGAUCUGACUUUUUAUACAUGAACACAUCUCUCUAUGGAAAUGGUACCAGCUUUGUUGAAUCAUUGUUUGAAGAAUUUGAUUGUGACCUGCUGGAAUUAAGGGACUCCUCUGGGGAGAUAAAAGAUGUGGAGCAAAAAGAGACAUCGAGUCCUACAGACACACCUCCUCCCCUUCCUACCACACCUCCUCCUGAUGAUUACUAUGAAGAAGCCGUACCACUCGGACCGGGCACAAUGCCCCAGUAUAUAACCACACGCAGCAACUCCAGCCCUCCAAACUCAAUAGAGGAUGCUUAUUAUGAAGACGCUGACAACAAUUACCCAACAACCUGCCUGAAUGGGGCCUCCAAAAACUCCUAUAAUGAUUCAGAUGCGCUUAGUAGUUCCUAUGAGUCAUAUGAUGAAGAGGACGAGGAAGCUAAAUGCAAAGAGAGGAUGCACCAGUGGCCCUCAGAAGAGAGUCCCGUGAGCCAAAUGAAAGACUGUCGCAAAUGUGCUUUUAUGCUGCGCAAAAAACGCUUUGGUCAGUGGGCUAAGCAGCUAACAAUCAUCCGCGAGAACAGACUUCAGUGCUUUAAGAAUCCCAAAGAUCGUUCUCCACAUGUUGACAUCCCCCUGAAUCUCUGCAAUGUCAUCUAUGUGCCUAAAGAUGGACGUCGAAAGAAGCAUGAGCUUCGUUUCUCCAUGCCAGGAGGAGAAGCUCUAGUGUUAGCUGUACAGAGCAAAGAACAGGCUGAGAGCUGGCUCAAGGUCAUUCAGGAAGUUUGUAAUCUGGCAAGCAACACUUAUGGAAAAGUAUCACCUAUGAUACUGCGAAAACUAGAGCUGGAGAAGAUGAUGUCACCAGAUAAACAUACUUCAGAUUCUGACAGUGGGGCAAAUGGAGACAUUACACGAGAAAGCUGUGAGAAUGGGAAGGGCAGGAAGGGGACAUUCUCUGAGUUGACUGGAUCUAUGAGUCGAGCUGCUGGCAGGAAAAUCAACCGAAUCAUCAGUUUGUCCAAAAAGAAGCCAUCCCUGCCAGGCGAGACCAACACGUUCUCCCAUCUAGAUGACAAUCCCCGUUGUGGUUACUUGAAUGUUCUGGUGAACCAGUGUUGGAAGGAGUGCUGGUGUUGUGUGAGAACUGGAACUCUUUAUCUCUAUAAGGACAGAGGGGACAUUCACACCCAUGUUAACGCUAUAGCCCUUCAUGGUGUAGAAGUCUUACCUGGUCUUGGGCCCAAACACCCUUUUGCCUUUCGCAUUAUGCGAGGGAGUACAGAAGUGGCAGCUUUGGAGGCGAGCUGUUCUGUAGAGAUGGGCCGCUGGCUGGGGGUUCUGUUGGCAGAAGCAGGCAGUUCCACCACCCCUGAGGCACUGCAUUAUGACUACGUGGACGUGGAUACUAUCAGCAGCAUCCAGAAUGCAGCACGACACUCCUUUCUCUGGGCGACCUCCUCUAGCACAGAUCCGCAGACUUAUGACGAAGUUCCCUAUGAAAGUGUACUGCAGGUUGAUGAGACACAAUCUAAAUUGAAGCAUUAUUCCUCUAUGUCCAGUGUAGAUACUGCAAAGGUUGACACACAAGUCAUAGUGAAGCGACAUGGUUCCUCUGUGAAUCAUUAUGGUAAAUAUGGAAAGAUAAGGGCAGAGGAAGAUGCAAGACGAUAUCUCACUGAGAAAGAGCAGCUAGAGAAAGUAAAAGAAAUUAUCAGGAAGAGUCUGCUUUCACUACGCAGAGAAAAGAAGGAGGUGAAGGAAAGGCUGAAAAAUGCAACAGAUAAGCAUCAGAAAGACAUGGAGCAGCAACUGGCCCAGCUGGAAGAAAGCUGUCGUCAGAAGGAAGCUGAGCGUGUGGACCUAGAGUUGCGGCUCACAGAGGUAAAGGAGAAACUGAAGAAGUCUCUGACUGGAGGAAUAUUGAGCGCACCUGUGGAGAGCAAACCCCCCAUAAAGGUCUCUAUUAAGAAAAAGGAACAUGUAUACAGUGACAUAACUUUACCUGUCAACUGUUCAUCUGAAAUAAAGAAACGUUCCCCAUCUAUCUAUGCACCCACCAAAGGAAAUGUCAUGCAGAAAGCUAAGGAAUGGGAGUCAAAGAAGGGGAUGUAAUUAUACCACUAUCGUCAAGGUUGUCUGAGGAUCCGUGGCUUUGGCUGCCUUCAAGUACCAAAGUGUUAAAGCAAAAACAAAGAGCAAGUCAAAAGGAGAAAAUUGCAUACAUGAAGGCUCUGUUUGUCCAAACAUUGCAACUUGUUUAAAAAAAAAUUAUUGGAGAGGACAAUAAAACUUUUUUGCUCAUAUAUUUGAUGGUAGUCUGCAUGUGAAUAAAAAUGUAUGUUAAACAAUUGCAUAAAAUAUAAUAAGGAUAAGGGAAUUUUUCAGAAACAAAGUGUUUUGUAAACAUCUGUCUGUUAAUAUAGGUGGUGAAAUGUGUGCCUGACUUACAAUUCUGUGAAAUUGUUGUUUUAUGCUUUAAACAUUGGAUAUUGGUUCCUGUUUAUUUCUAUGUGCAGUACUGAAAUAAAUUGUAAACAUUUUUGUAUGCUAUGUAAAACUGAACUACAUUCAAAGGAUUUACCCCCUUUGUUAAACACAAAGGCACUUAUUUUACCAAAUUUAUUUAUUUUGACUUUGUAAAUAAAUCCAGUUUAAUGAAAAUGUUUUCUUUGUUCUUUUUUUCUUUCUUUUUUUUUUUUUUUCAUUUUAUUGUAACAGUAAUAAAUGUGCUUUAAAAAUGUGGAGUUCUGUAAAAGUAAAGACAUUGCUGUCUCUUUCAAAACGAC